UUCUUGCCCCUCUCUCUCUCUCUCUUUCUCUCUCUCUCUAUUUAUCCUUCACUCCGAGGUCACUCUCUCUGUGUACAUCUCACACACAAGCUCAAAAAAGGCUCACUGGAAUCUCUUCUUCUCCUUGGGUGCCGCUGCUGUGGAGUUAGAAGGUCUCUAAAGACCUCGAGAGCAUCUCCUUCUUAAUAUUCCUUGUAGGUGAGGAGGAUCUGCGAUGGGGCGAUCGCCAUGCUGCGAAAAGGUGGGCCUGAAGAAAGGGCCAUGGACGCCGGAGGAGGACCAGAAGCUCCUGGCCUACAUCGAGGAGCACGGCCACGGGAGCUGGCGAGCAUUGCCUGCGAAAGCUGGACUGCAGAGGUGUGGGAAGAGUUGUAGGUUGAGGUGGACAAACUAUCUGAGGCCUGAUAUCAAGAGGGGGAAGUUCAGUUUGCAGGAAGAGCAGACCAUCAUUCAACUUCAUGCUCUACUUGGAAACAGGUGGUCUGCAAUAGCCACCCAUCUACCCAAGCGAACCGACAACGAGAUCAAGAACUACUGGAACACACACCUCAAGAAGCGGCUGGCCAAGAUGGGCAUCGAUCCGGUGACCCACAAGCCCAAGAGCGACGCCCUGAGCUCCGGCGAUGGCCAGGCCAAGAGCUCCGCCAACCUCAGCCACAUGGCCCAGUGGGAGAGCGCCCGCCUCGAAGCAGAGGCCCGCCUAGUCCGGGAGUCCAAACUCCGCGCCGCGGCACAGUUCCAACCGCAGUCACCCUCCUCCUCUGCCCCUCCACUGCCCCCUGCGCCACCAGGCAACACGUCGGUGGUCUCCCCGGCGCCUCCCCCUCCCGGUAGUCUCGAUGUCCUCCGAGCAUGGCAAGGGGUCUGGUCCGCCAAACCAACCACUGGAAACCCAGGUGGAAGGAUCGAUCUCGAGUCGCCAACAUCCACCUCGAGCUUCUCGGAGAACGUCCUGCCGAUCACGAGCGGCGGCGGGCUGCUGGAUGGCAGUUCCACAGUGUGUCGUCAAGGAGCAGCUCGGGAGCUGGAAGAAGAGCAAGACUUGGAGUGGAAGUGCUUUGAGAAGCAGCCACUUCGAAUGUUGGAGAUAAAAGAUCACAGGAUUGAUAGCUUUGCUAGCUUUUCGAUGGACACGACGUCGGUCUUUGGUGGGGAGUCCUCGUCGUGGCUCCCGGAGUCAUCGAGCAUCGGGACCGGGUCCUCCGGUGGGGAAUUCGGAGCAGGGUUCACCGGGAUGCUGCUGGAUAGCUCCGAUGACCGGAAUUCUUCGGAUGGGCGUGGAGAUUCUGACAACUUGGAGGGUGGAAGCUGUGUGGAAGAGGAGGGGAAGGAGGGGGAGGAGAACAAGAACUAUUGGAACAGCAUUCUCAAGUUGGUGAACUCGACAUCCCCCUCGCGUUCGCCGCCCGUUUUCUAGAAAUUAAUGGUGCUAUCGACUAGAAUUGGACUGGGAAGCAAGACUUUCUUCCAGUCCUCUCUCUCUCCCUCCAUUUCUACUACCAUCGUUCAAAGCGAGUUUUUCUCUUCUCUACAAACUAGCCGUUUGGCUCUGAACCACUCCGUCAACUCGGCUUGGUUCGUGUGCUUCUGGUCCGAGUCAACUCAGAACGGUAGAAAUUUCUCUCUCGAUCCAAAGCUAAUGCAUGGGCAGAGUAAGAAGAAACAAUAAUGAGCCCAAUUGGUUGUGCUGGUUGUUGUGAUGUUGGCUUUUGCUCCAGGGGAACUGAAUGUUUAUGAGUAAUAAGACUGGGAAUUGUGACAGUAUUAGUAUUUGCUACGUUCAUUAGUAGUUUGUUUUGGUGUGUCAUUUUGUGUAAGAAACUUGUUGGGAAUGGUGCAUUCAAUGACUGUACUGUAUUAUUGUGGAUUGGUUCCGUAAGUCCACGGAAAUCUUCAGUUUGCAUCUUAAAACAAGCAAGGAAUGUAAGGUUUUCCAUGAUUUUUUUUU